UCCAUGGUGGCGCCGCGGAGGCAGCGGGAUGGGGGAAAGCUCGAGCCCGAUCAGCGUCAUUCUGGUCAGCUCCGGCAGCCGCGGGAACAAGCUGCUCUUCCGCUUCCCGUUCCAGCGGGGCCUCGAGAGCCCGGCGGCCCAGACCGGGAAACCCAGGAGCAGGUAUGCUGUGAACAGUAUUGGUGAUAGCGUGGAAGAUCAGGAUGGUGACUCCAGAGAGCCACGCCCGCUCCGCGAUGAGCAGGUAGUGUCGGGGUUUUCGGAUGUCAUCCUGGCUACCAUUCUGGCUACCAAAUCCGAUAUGUGUGGCAAAAAGUUUGAGCUGAAGAUUGACAAUGUCCGCUUUGUUGGGCACCCUACUCUGCUGCAGCAUGCCUUUGGGCAGAUAUCCAAGACAGACCCCUCUCCCAAAAGGGAGAUGCCCACCAUGAUCCUCUUCAACGUCGUGUUUGCCUUACGGGCUAGCGCGGAUCCCUCAGUGAUCAGCUGCCUGCACAACCUCUCCCGCCGCAUCGCCAUCGUUCUCCAGCAUGAAGAACGCCGUUGUCAGUACCUGACCAGAGAGGCCAAGCUCAUCCUGGCAAUUCAAGAUGAAGUGUCUGCCAUGUCAGAAACAACAGAUGGUCCACAGUCCCCAUUCCUCCACAUUCUUCCCAAAUGCAAGCUGGCCAGAGACCUUAAAGAAGCAUAUGACAGCCUCUGCACUACUGGAGUGGUACAGCUACAUAUCAACAACUGGCUAGAAGUGAGCUUCUGCUUACCACACAAAAUCCACUACGUUGCUUCCCAUUUUAUACCCCCAGAAGCCAUUGAAAGGAGCUUGAAAGCCAUUCGGCCUUACCAUGCCUUGCUGCUGCUCAAGGAUGAAAAAGGCCUUCUUGCCGAGCUCCCCUUGGACUGCUCCCCUGCCUUGGUGCGAGUGAUCAGAACCACCUCAGCCGUGAAGAAUCUUCAGCAGCUGGCCCAGGAUGCAGAUUUGGCACUGCUGCAGGUCUUCCAGCUAGCCGCACAUCUGGUGUACUGGGGCAAAGCCAUCAUUAUCUACCCACUGUGCGAGAACAAUGUCUACAUGCUGUCUCCCAAUGCCAGUGUUUGUCUUUAUUCCCCUUUGGCAGAUGAAUUUUCCUGCCAGUUUCCCGGUCAUGAUCUACCUUCUGUCCUAUCCAAGUUCUCCUUGCCAGUUUCUUUAGCAGUAUUCAAGAACCCUCUUGCUCCACCGGUGCAGGAGACUCAGUUUAUUCAAAUGGUGGUGUGGAUGCUCCAGCACAGACUCCUGAUCCAGCUCCACACGUACGCUUGCCUAAUGGUACCGCCCAAGGAAGAGGACUUCCGAGCCAAGGCAGAGGAGUUGCCUUUCGCUGCCAGAGUUGGAGGCCGCAGCCUCAGCACCCCCAACGCACUCAGCUUUGGAUCCCCAACCAGCAGCGAUGAUCUGACUCUCACCAGCCCCAGCAUGGAGAAUUCCAGUGCAGAGCUGCUCCCUGGUGGGGGAGACUCCCCUGUGAACAAGCGCAUGACAGAGAAUCUGUUGACAAGCCUCCUGGAACAUGAGCGGGACGCCAUUCUCAGUGUCCCAGCGGCACACAAUCCAGAGGAUCUGCGCAUGUUUGCAAGGCUGCUGCACUACUUCCGAGGGCGACAUCACCUGGAGGAAAUCAUGUACAAUGAAAACAUGCGCCGCUCCCACCUGCUUAUGCUCUUUGACAAGUUCCGCAGCGUGCUGGUGGUGACCAAUCACGAGGACCCCAUUAUCUCUGUCUUUCAGUCCCUCCAGAAGUGAGGAGCAGCUGUAGCUGUGGAGCUCACCCAAGGGUGGGGAGGAACAGUCAUGUUGACUGGACUUGGACCUGCCUCUGCUGCUCCCACCCCCAGCAAUGUUUCACUCUCUGGGAGUUGGAUGAACAGCACUGCUCGAAACUCGGGAGGCAAGAGGAAGGAGUGUCCCACUUGUAGGGGUUUGGGAUUAGGCCCCUGCAGUAUGUGCCGAACAAGGCUGUGUCCUUUGCUUUAUGCUCCUGCUCCUGUUACUGAGAAGGGCAAUCCUCAAGUGCUGCCCCUUGGACAGAGCUGGGACAGAGGAGUGAGCCAGGUGUUUGUCUUCGCAGGCACCUAUCCAAGACCUAUCCCUUUGCAAUCAGAAAAGGCAUUUUAAUUGUGAAACAUCUUGUUGGAAACUACGAAACCUGUCACUGUACCCAGCAAAUGUGAUUGCUCCAUGUGAAAAAUGCACAACCAAAAGCAUUCCUCUCCAUUUUAUAAAUGAAGUGAACUAGUCAGUGUCUUGAUGAGUGGGGAUGGGUCUUUUGGGGAUGGAAGUCGGCAGGAAUAGCAAUUUGUUGGGGCUACUGCCUUGUUGGCAGUAGUGCUGGGAUAGCAGGCCAGGCCUGACCAAAGUAGUAUUCUGUUAACCCAAAAUAACAAAUCUAGUAAUGCGCUGGGGGGAGCAUUUCUGGGGGCAAUGCUUGCAGCUCUUAGGGUUGCUGGCCCUGCUGUGGGUCUUGUGCUUCUUCCUAAAUCAGGGGCUGGUUGAGUUAGCUCACAUCUCCUAAGCCAGGAUCUCCAACCUUCUUAAACCUGCAGGCACCUUUGGAUUUUUGCCAGGGCUCUGCCUCCUGCAACAGCCCUUUUGGGGUGGCACUCAAAAUGGCUGUUGCAGGAGGCAGAGCCAAAGGGAAAGAUCUCCCUUCCUCCUCACAAGGUAACAGUCGGUCAAGUCACAAACACCAAGCCUUUGCUCUCACUCCCUCUGCCUCAUUUUAUUCCAUAAUGAAACAUAUGAAGCAUCUGAGUAAGGCAGAUGGUCUGCCAGGGUCAGAACUGUCUCUAUUCUGACUGGCAAACGUUCUUGACGGCCCUCUGUUUAGUGAUAUUCAUGUCUGUUAAACUCUCUGGCUCCCCUUA